GAAGAGGCCCGUGAGGAUCCAAGAUGUCUGCGCCCAUGCACUGCUAGUGGCAGACGGCGACUUCUUCCUCUGCUCCGGGCCCCUCUAGUACCGGGCUGAACCCGAGGACUAUGCUGGGCCGGACUCUCCGAGAAGUUUCUGCAGCACUGAAACAGGGCCGAGUUACACCAACAGAGCUCUGCAAGAAAUGUCUCUCCCUCAUCAAGAAGACCAAGUAUUUAAAUGCCUACAUUACUGUAUCAGAAGAGGUAGCCUUAAAACAAGCUGAAGAAUCAGAGAGAAGAUACAAACAAGGUCAAUCACUUGGAGAUUUAGAUGGAAUUCCCGUUGCCGUAAAAGACAACUUCAGCACAGCUGGCAUUGAGACAACAUGUGCAUCAAACAUGCUAAAAGGUUAUAUACCACCUUACAAUGCCACGGUAGUUCAGAAGUUGUUGGAUCAGGGAGCUCUACUCAUGGGGAAAACAAAUUUAGAUGAGUUUGCUAUGGGAUCUGGAAGCACAGAUGGUGUGUUUGGACCAGUUAAAAACCCCUGGAGUUAUUCAAAGCAACACAGAGAAAGGCGGCGACAUGAUGAGCAUGACGAUUCCCAUUGGCUGAUAGCUGGAGGGAGCUCAGGUGGCAGUGCGGCUGCUGUGGCAGCGUUCACGUGCUUCGCGGCUCUAGGAUCAGAUACUGGAGGGUCCACCAGAAACCCUGCUGCCCACUGUGGGCUUGUUGGUUUCAAGCCAAGUUAUGGCUUAGUUUCCCGUCAUGGCCUCAUUCCCCUGGUGAAUUCGAUGGAUGUGCCAGGAAUCUUCACCAGAUGUGUGGAUGAUACAGCUAUCGUGUUAGGUAUACUGGCUGGACAUGACCCCAAAGAUUCCACCACAGUACAAGAUCCUAUUAAACUAUCCAGGAUUCCCAGUGAGGUGGAUGUGAGCAGACUGUGCAUAGGAAUUCCAAAGGAAUAUCUGGUACCAGAGUUGUCGAGUGAGAUACGGUCUCUCUGGUCCCAAGCUGCUGACCUCUUUGAGUCUGAGGGUGCCAAAGUGAUUGAAGUCUCCCUGCCACACACCUGCUACUCAAUAGUCUGCUACCAUGUGCUGUGCACAUCAGAAGUGGCAUCGAAUAUGGCAAGAUUUGAUGGGCUACAAUAUGGUCACAGGUCUGGCAUUGAUGUGUCUACUGAAGCCAUGUAUGCUGCAACCAGACAAGAAGGGUUCAAUGACGUGGUGAGGGGAAGAAUUCUCUCAGGAAACUUUUUCUUAUUAAAAGAAAAUUAUGAAAAUUAUUUCGUCAAAGCGCAGAAAGUGAGGCGCCUCAUUUUAAGGGACUUCGUGAAUGUUUUUGAUUCUGGUGUGGAUGUCCUGCUAACUCCCACCACCCUGACUGAGGCAGUGCCAUACUUGGAGUUCAUCAAAGAGGACAACAGGACGCGGAGUGCCCAGGAUGAUAUUUUUACACAGGCUGUAAAUAUGGCAGGCUUACCAGCAAUGAAUGUCCCUGUGGCCCUCUCAAACCAAGGGUUACCAAUAGGACUGCAGUUCAUUGGACGAGCAUUUUGUGACCAGCAGCUUUUGACAGUUGCAAAAUGGUUUGAAAAACAAGUACAGUUUCCUGUUAUUCAGAUGCAAGACCUCAUGGAUGAUGGCUCGUUGGUUCUUGAAAAUGGAAAGUUAACUUCUGUUUCUCUAACCCAAUAGUGAUCAACACUGGGCCUCUGGCUUGCCAGGCAAGCCCUCUGCCAUUGGACUGAACCCCCACCAUUGGAUCAUGCCGUUCACCUGACUCUUAAGAGCGUCUGUUCUCUAGAGUGCCCAGUGAUCUUGCUCAGCCCUGUGAUUAGGUCAUUGUCGACACUGUCUGUCCUGGGAAUCACUUCUUCAAAUCCCUGUGAUGUUGUUCAUUGUAAUGUUUAUACAUUCAUUAAAUAACAGUUCAAUUCAAGUAUUGAAUCUUACUUUAACACAAAAAUUCAAGGUCAUAAAAACAAUGCACUCUGCAUAAUUUUCAUUACAAAGAACAGAAA